AUGACGGUGCCAGGGUUCUCGUUCAUAUUCGACACCCCCUAUGACCGCUACUACAACCGCAAUGGCCCUGGCGGUCCAAACUACGCGUACGGUCAAUUCGACGAUCUCUUACCGGGAUUGAUGCAAGUUCUUAACAUAAGGCAAAUGGUGCCAGGUGCAGGUGAAUCAGGGCCUAAAAUGAAAUCAAACAAAAAUAAAUUUCAAGUUAGUGCGCAGGUGAAGGCCUUCGCCCCGGAGGAUCUCUCUGUGAAGACCGUGGACGGCUUUGUUAUUAUUAGAGCCAAGCACGGAGAAAGGAAGGACAGUCAAGGUGGAUGGGUGUCUCGUGACUUCAUGAAGAAGUACCAGUUACCUGAAGGAUGUGCAGCUGAGGAUGUGCAGUGCCGGCUGUCUCCUAGUGGGCUUCUGACCGUAUUUGUGCCUUUUGAGCGCAAUCUUAAAUCUAAUGAACGCGAAGUGCCCAUCAUCUUUACAGAUCCCACGAAGGACAUUAAAGAUACCGAGAUUAAAGUGGAGGUUAAGGAAACAGAUCAGAAGUCCGAGUGUGCUGAUGAAGAAGCUUAUUUGGAAACACCAGUGAAAAAUGAGGAGUAG